GUUCGGUCUCUGUCGCUCUCUUUACCUAAACUACUUGCUGCUAGUGACGACCCAGAGCCCUGCCCCAGCUCUGGAGGGCAACACAGAGUUCAAAGAUCCCGUCUCUCAGCUGUCCAACUUGCAGCUCUUACCUGCCUUUCGAUUCCUAGUCGGUGUGUGAUACACAGCUUGUCGCCCCUGCUCGAUUGUACUUCACUGUUCCUUGAAAAGAAGAGAAAAAAAGAAGGAGCCAAAGCUACAAUCUCAAUCUUGACUGAUCUUGUUGUCGCGGUCGUCACCUUCCCCUCUGCCCUCCAUUGGAGCUUAUCAGCCUGCGCUGCAGCUUCCCAGCGGCCAGCCCAUUACCCGACCGAAUAAUCGAGCAAACCAUCUUGGAUUGAUCCUGGCCUUUUUUCCUACCUUGCUGCGAGCUGCGAGCUGCGGCUGUUGCUACCCCUCCCCACUUCGCAGUCCAUUGCCCUCCCUCACCUAAUUCCACGUUCCACGUUGCGACUCGGUGGGCAGUCCAACAGGCCUCCGAGCUCCUCUGGAAUCAUCCUAUUGUUAGCAUUCCAGCCUCUGGGAACGUGCGCUUCCCUCCGUCACCCAAAUGCCGACCUUUGGAGGUCUGCUCAAGAAAAAGAAGACCAAGGAGUCUUCUGACGACAAACCCGCUCAAUCAGGGGGGGCCAGUUAUCAGCCCAUUCAAUACAAGUCCUCACAAAAGACCGACACUGCAUCGCCUGUCUCUUCCAAGACCACAGGCGCAUCCGAUGCCCCCUCCCAAGCUACCACGGCUGUGACAACCACCUCUACUCCAGAACCCCAUGCUAAGACAGUCGAAAGCAACGGCGGUGUUGACAUGAACGCUGCCCCUGUCGUCAGCCCUUCUGGGGGCGUGGUGGAUUCCAAGCCGGUACAGAGACAAACAAAAGGCAAAUACACCCUCUCGGACUUCACGAUCCAGAGGACCCUGGGUACAGGCUCGUUUGGGCGGGUGCACUUGGUGCAGUCAAAACAUAACCAACGCUUCUAUGCCAUCAAAGUCUUGAAGAAGGCCCAAGUCGUCAAGAUGAAACAGAUCGAGCACACCAACGACGAGAGACGUAUGCUGCAACGGGUCAAGCACCCUUUCCUCAUCACCCUCUGGGGCACGUUCCAGGACUCGAAGAACCUGUACAUGGUCAUGGACUUUAUCGAAGGGGGAGAGCUUUUCAGCCUGCUUCGAAAGUCUCAGCGCUUCCCCAAUCCCGUAGCCAAGUUCUACGCCGCCGAAGUCACGUUGGCACUCGAAUAUCUGCACGGACAGAACAUUAUCUACCGCGACCUAAAGCCCGAAAACCUGCUGUUGGACAGACAUGGCCAUGUCAAGAUCACUGACUUUGGUUUCGCCAAAGACGUCCCCGACAUUACAUGGACCCUGUGCGGUACCCCGGACUACCUGGCUCCCGAAGUCGUCGCUUCAAAAGGGUACAAUAAGUCAGUGGACUGGUGGUCUCUAGGCAUCUUGAUCUUCGAAAUGUUGUGUGGAUUCACACCGUUCUGGGACGGUGGCUCCCCUGUCAAGAUUUACGAGAAUAUCCUCAAAGGAAGAGUCAAAUAUCCGCCAUAUAUUCAUUCUGACGCCCAAGACCUCCUGGUUCAGCUGAUCACAAGUGACUUGACCAAGAGACUGGGCAAUUUGCACGGAGGUCCAGCAGACAUCAAGAACCAUGCGUGGUUCGCAGAGGUAACCUGGGAGAGACUAUUGAAGAAAGAUAUUGACGCCCCGUACGUUCCACCAGUGAAGGGCGGAGCUGGUGAUGCCAGUCAGUUCGACAAAUACCCUGAGGAGACAGAGGAAUAUGGCAAGAAAGGAGAGGACCCGUUCGGCCAUUUCUUCGUGGACUUCUAAUUAUUACAUCGUCACAGCAAAGAACGCAAGGAGCAUCGUCGACAAUACUGCCGAGGACGGAGUGCUGGAGAGAGAGAGAGAGAGAGAGACGGAUAGACAUCAGACCAUCUCAGCUGGCAGGAUAACGGCCAGCUAGUCUGGUUCGAUGCGACGUGAGCAACAACAAAAAAAAGUGGCCCCGAAUUCGAUUUGUACUGCAGCCGGUGCAGUCCUCGUAUUAACGACUUUUGAUGACAGCAGGUAUGAGUCUAAUGGAGUGGCCACCUUGAAAAUGUGGUGAAGGUGGUUUCUUUUGGAUUUGCGGUUGCAGUUUUCAGUGGGCCGCGGCGGUUGUGGUUGUGGAUGUUGUUGUUGCGCUGUAUAAUGAUCGCGACGACGAUGCGGGAAGCUGGAAUAUCUACUCAUGACUCCAAAAAGCGAUAUGGGAAAUCGCACACAGCGCUCAGUGCAUUGUACCAGGACAAUAUCGCCACGGGUGGCCAUGAGAUAUGGACUUUGCAUACUUGCCAUUCGAGAAGUUAACCCUCUGAUGCCCAGAAGCAAAGCAGUUGAGCCUUGGAUGAGCCUCUGACUUUUCAAUGCAGUAAUUGUUAUUCUUCUUCAAACCAUUGCAUCUGAUCUUUCGGCGCUCACGGUUCAUAUGUCUGCCUGAGAUGAGCAGACCUGAAUGGCCGUAACCGGUGGCAGGCAGUUCGCAACGGAGGAUCC